AUGGUCUCGAUAGGCUCGAACGUCACGUCCAUCUUUACGCUCCUCUUCCAAGACGACAUUCCCAACAACCUCAACGACGGCAAGCUCGAAAACAUGUUCUUCGCGGUCGGCGCUGUCUCGGCCAUCAACCUCUCCUUCUACAUUAUCGUCAUGCGCAAGAUGCAGUUUGGCAUAUGCACCGUCCACGAAGACGAAGUGAAUGAGAAGGAUGCGCUGAUCGACCAGUCGUCCAACCUCAUGAGCGCGCACGAGUCUGGGCAGUGA